AGCAGAAGCAACGCCGAACGGUCCCCUCUGGACAUGCRAGCGACUUAGAAAACGUUUGAGACAUGGAGCUGUGGAACGCAACGGAUCUGGAGGGAAAACCAAGCUGGCCUUCGUCUAACUGCACUGUGGAUACAAGCUACCACUUCACCUUCUAUCAGGUGUCCUACAGCGUCAUCUUCCUGCUGGGACUGGCCACCAACAGCCUGGCUCUGCGCAGACUCUGCACGUCCUCUUGUGCCAUGAGCAGCACGGCCGUCUACAUGGCCAGCCUGUCCUUCGCCGACAUGUUCUUUGUGAUCUCUCUGCCAAUGAGGAUCUACUACUACCACCAAAAGGCUCGAGCUUGGUCGAGGACUGAGGACCUGACCAGCUGGACUCCUGGAGCRGCUUUCUGCCAGGUCACCUUCAUCCUCAAAUACAUCAGUUUGUACGGCGGGAUCUUCUUCCUCGUGUGCAUCGCGGUGGACCGAUACUUUGCCGUCGUGCACCCUCUGUCGCCGAACCUCCCCUUCAUGAAGUACUUUGCGUUGACCAUUUAUGGUUGA